GUGUUGUCAUUGUGUUGUGGAUGUGUUGUCAUUGUGUUGUGGAUGUGUUGUCAUUGUGUUGUCGUUGUGUUGUGAAAGUGUUGUGGAUGUGUUUGAGGGGCUGUGGCACAUCGACCUUUAAACAAACAGACCUGCCUCUGGUUUUUAUUCAGCGGCUGAAGUUUCGUGUCUUUGGCGUCGGAGAAACUUUGUGUCACUUUCCUGCAGCGGAUGAAGGUCAAACCAUAACAUUAUGACCACGGAGGUGACUCAUCAGAGGACGAGGCCUCCAGAGCCCUGUGCCGACAAAGGCUGCAGUCAUGAAGCUGAUGGUGAACUUGUGGCUCGUCGUUCUGCUCGAUGUCGUCCUCCAUCGCUCUGCUGACGGUCGACCUGACUCACCCGUUGGGCACCUCCUGCCCCGACCACUACUCCUCAGUCUGGGGGAGGAGUUCUCCCUGAGGUUGGAAGGAGGAGAAGGAGGAAAAGGAGAAAAAGGAGGCAGUGCUGCUCCAAAGCUCCUCUCCUCCUCCUCCCCCUCCUCCUCCUCCUUCUCAGCUGUGAACAGGGCUCUGCUGCAGCUCACACAGCGCCUCCUUCAGGCCAGGGUGGAACAACAGGAGGAGAAGGGGAAGAGGUCUGACGAGCCUCCCAUCUCGCUGGACCUGACCUUCCACCUCCUCAGGGAGGUUCUGGAGAUGUCCCGGGCCGAGCGUUUGGCUCAACAGGCCGACAGCAACCGGAGGAUGAUGGACACGUUUGGCAAAUGAGGAACCAGACGUUCAACGACUCCACACAGCCUGGCUAAAAUAAAAGCUCCUCCCCUCUAGUCUGUGGGCGGAGCUCCUCUCUA